AUGGCGAGGAUAAGCUCACGAGAACCAAGAACAGACAAGGCUUUUAAGGAAUUUUUGGAUGCCAGAAAUCCCACAAAGCAGCACUCGUCCACAUUGGAGUCAUACCUUAUAAAGCCUGUGCAAAGGGUCCUGAAAUACCCACUACUGCUGAAGGAGUUGGUUUCCUUGACUGACAAUGAAAGUGAGGAGCACUACCAUCUCACAGAAGCACUAAAGGCUAUGGAAAAGGUAGCAAGUCAUAUAAAUGAAAUGCAGAAGAUCUAUGAAGAUUAUGGUACGGUAUUUGACCAGCUGGUUGCAGAGCAGAGUGGAACUGUGAAAGAGGUGACAGAGCUUUCCAUGGGAGAACUCUUGGUUUACUCUACUGUAACCUGGCUAAAUUGUUUCCCAUCAUUAGGGAAAGCAAGGAGAGACUUAGAACUAACAGUGUUUGUUUUUAGAAGAGCUGUCAUAUUGGUGCACAAGGAACAUUUCAAGCUGAAAAAGAAAGCUUCCUCAAACACACGUGGAUCUCUAUAUCACGGUGAUAUCGAUCAAUUCAAAUUCCGAUGGCUUAUUCCUUUGUCAGCUCUUCAGGCCCGACUCGGCAAUGCAGCAGGAACAGAAAAUAACUGCAUGUGGGAACUUAUUCAUACGAAAUCUGAGAUCGAAGGAAGACCAGAAACUGUUUUCCAGCUGUGCAGCAGUGACUGUGAAAGUAAAACAAGCACUGUAAAGGUAAUACGUUCAAUUUUGAGGGAGAACCUACGACGUAACAUAAAAUGUGACCUGCCAUGGGAGAAGUCCUACAAAGAUCGCCUGGUCCCUUUAAGAAACAGAAUUCCUUUGCCUGCAAAACUAGCUUCCUCGCUACGACAUGCUUUGGAAUGUGAUGCUUAA